AUGGAUCCGCCGGCGGGAGCCGCUCACCGCCUGCUCUGCCCCGCGCUGCUGCUGCUGCUGCUGCUGCUGCCGCCGCUCCUGCUGCCGCCGCCGCCCGCGGACGCCCGGCUCGCCGCCGCCGCCGCCGACCCCCCAGGAGGGCCCCUGGGGCACGGAGCGGAGCGCAUCCUGGCGGUGCCGGUGCGCACUGACGCCCAGGGCCGCUUGGUGUCCCACGUGGUGUCGGCGGCGUCUGCCCAGGCUGGGGUACGCGCCCGCAGGGCCGCCCCUGACCAGACCCCGGGCUUACCUGGAGGCAACGAGGAGGACCCCGGCGGCCGCCUCUUCUACAAUGUCACAGUCUUCGGCCGAGACCUGCACCUGCGGCUGCGGCCCAAUGCCCGCCUCGUGGCGCCCGGGGCCACGGUGGAGUGGCAAAGCGAGUCGGGCGCCACCCGCGUGGAGCCCCUGCUCGGGACGUGCCUCUAUGUCGGAGACGUGGCGGGCCUGGCUGAAGCCUCCUCCGUGGCGCUCAGCAACUGCGACGGGCUCGCUGGCCUGAUCCGUAUGGAAGAGGAGGAGUUCUUCAUCGAGCCCUUGGAGAAGGGGCUGGCAGCUGAGGAGGCUGAGCAGGGCCGUGUGCAUGUGGUGUAUCGCCGGCCACCCACUCCCAGAUCCCCUACUCUGGGGGGGCCACAGGCCCUGGACACAGGGCCCCCCCCGGGCAGCCUGGAUAACCUCAGCCGUGCCCUGGGUGUCCUGGAGGAGCGUGUCAAUGGCUCGAGGCGCAGAGCGAGAAGGCACGCUGCAGAUGGUGACUACAACAUCGAGGUUCUGCUGGGUGUGGAUGACUCUGUGGUCCAGUUCCAUGGGAAGGAGCAUGUGCAGAAGUACCUGCUCACGCUCAUGAACAUCGUCAAUGAAAUCUAUCAUGACGAGUCCUUGGGGGCCCACAUCAAUGUCGUGUUGGUGCGGAUAAUCCUGCUUAGCUACGGGAAGUCCAUGAGCCUCAUUGAGAUUGGGAACCCCUCUCAGAGCCUGGAGAACGUCUGCCGCUGGGCUUACCUCCAGCAGAAGCCGGACACAGGUCACGAUGAAUACCACGAUCACGCCAUCUUCCUCACAAGGCAGGACUUCGGGCCUUCGGGCAUGCAAGGCUAUGCUCCUGUCACCGGGAUGUGCCACCCCGUCCGUAGCUGCACUCUGAACCACGAGGAUGGCUUCUCCUCGGCAUUCGUGGUGGCCCACGAGACCGGCCAUGUGCUGGGCAUGGAGCACGAUGGGCAGGGCAACCGCUGUGGUGACGAGGUGCGGCUGGGCAGCAUCAUGGCGCCGCUGGUGCAGGCAGCCUUCCACCGCUUCCACUGGUCCCGCUGCAGCCAGCAGGAGCUGAGCCGCUACCUGCACUCCUAUGACUGCCUGCGGGAUGACCCCUUUGCCCACGACUGGCCGGCGCUGCCCCAGCUCCCAGGGCUGCAUUACUCCAUGAACGAGCAGUGCCGCUUCGACUUCGGCCUGGGCUACAUGAUGUGCACGGCAUUCCGGACCUUCGACCCCUGCAAACAGCUGUGGUGCAGCCACCCUGACAAUCCCUACUUUUGCAAGACAAAGAAGGGCCCCCCCCUGGACGGGACCAUGUGUGCACCUGGCAAGCACUGCUUUAAAGGACACUGCAUCUGGCUGACGCCUGACAUUCUCAAACGAGAUGGCAACUGGGGCGCCUGGAGUCCGUUCGGCUCCUGCUCACGCACCUGCGGCACAGGUGUGAAGUUCAGGACCCGCCAGUGUGACAACCCACACCCAGCCAAUGGGGGUCGCACCUGCUCUGGCCUUGGCUAUGACUUCCAGCUGUGCAACCCCCAGGACUGCCCUGACACCCUGGCUGACUUCCGCGAGGAGCAGUGCCGCCAGUGGGACCUGUACUUCGAGCACGGUGACGCCCAGCACCACUGGCUGCCCCACGAGCACCGGGAUGCCAAGGAGAGAUGUCACCUCUACUGCCAGUCCAAGGAGACCGGGGAGGUGGUGUCCAUGAAGCGUAUGGUGCACGAUGGGACACGCUGCUCCUACAAGGACGCCUUCAGCCUCUGUGUGCGUGGGGAGUGCAAGAAGGUGGGCUGUGAUGGAGUGAUCGGCUCCAGCAAGCAGGAAGAUAAGUGUGGCGUGUGCGGAGGGGACAACACCCACUGCAAAGUGGUCAAGGGGACGUUCACACGCUCCCCCAAGAAGCUCGGUUACAUCAAGAUGUUUGAGAUUCCGGCAGGAGCCAGGCACCUGCUCAUCCAGGAGGCAGACACUACCAGCCACCACCUGGCCGUCAAGAACCUGGAGACAGGCACGUUCAUUUUAAAUGAAGAGAAUGAUGUGGACCCCAAUUCCAAAUCCUUCAUUGCUAUGGGCGUGGAGUGGGAGUACCGGGAUGAGGACGGCCGGGAGACGCUGCAGACCAUGGGCCCUCUCCACGGCACCAUCACCGUUCUGGUCAUCCCGCAGGGAGACGCCCGGAUCUCACUGACGUACAAGUACAUGAUCCACGAGGACUCGCUCAACGUAGACGGCAACAAUGUCCUGGAAGACGACUCUGUGGGCUACGAGUGGGCCCUGAAGAAGUGGACUCCUUGCUCCAAGCCCUGUGGUGGAGGCUCCCAGUUCACCAAGUAUGGCUGCCGCCGGAGGCUAGACCACAAGAUGGUGCACCGAGCCUUCUGCGACGCCCUCACGAAGCCCAAAGCCAUCCGCCGGGCUUGCAACCCACAGGAGUGCUCCCAGCCAGUGUGGGUCACAGGGGAAUGGGAACCUUGCAGUCAGAGCUGUGGGCGGACGGGCACGCAGGCUCGCACCGUGCGCUGCAUACAGCUGCUGCACAACAACACCACCCGCUCCGUGCACACCAAACACUGCAAUGACGCCCGGCCCGAGGGCCGCCGGGCCUGCAACCGUGAGCUCUGCCCUGGCCGGUGGCGGGCCGGACCCUGGUCCCAGUGCUCUGUGACCUGUGGCAAUGGUACCCAGGAGCGGCCAGUGCUCUGCCGAACGGCGGAUGACAACUUCGGGGUCUGCCAGGAGGAACGGCCUGAGACAGCCAGGAUCUGCCGGCUGGGCCCCUGUCCCCGAAACAUCUCUGAUCCUUCCAAGAAGAGCUACGUGGUUCAGUGGCUGUCCCGACCGGACCCCGACUCUCCAGUCCAGAAGACCUCGUCAAAGGCCCGCUGCCAAGGCGACAAGUCAAUGUUCUGUAGGAUGGAAGUCUUGUCGCGCUAUUGCUCCAUCCCAGGCUACAACAGGCUGUGCUGCAGAUCCUGUAACCUGCACGACAACCUCACCGAUGUGGAUGACAGGGCGGAGCUGCCACCUGGGAAGAACAAUGACAUUGAAGACCUCGUGCCCACCCUCCCGGUGCCCACCCUCGUCAUGGAGGUGCGGCCUCCGCCGGGCACGCCCUUGCAGGUGCCUCUCAAUGCCUCUAGCGCCAACGGCACUGAGGAUCACCCAGAUACCAACGCAGUCGACGUGCCCUACAAAAUCAACGGCCUGGAUGAGGAAGGCCAGCCGCCCAACCUGAUCCCUCGACGACCGAGCCUGUAUGAAAAGACCAGAAACCAGAGAAUCCAAGAGCUCAUCGAUGAGAUGAGGAAGAAAGAGAUGCUCGGGAAGUUCUAA